UAUCUUUUUCUUCUUUUGAUUCUUAUAUUUAAAAUGCGUUUUUUGUCAUUUAGCGCAACAACAUUGUUAAAAGAAAUGUUUUAUAAUUUUUAACGUAUCAUAAGGCAUACAGUUUGCUUGAUAAGGCAACGCAGAGGCGGAAACACACGAGCCCACACUUCUACGCUCGCGUAGGUGUGUACAGGUAGAUUCAUGAACCGUUAUUACAACGUUCAAAGAAAUAUCUUGUGCCCAGAGUUAACAUCACGCUGCACAAUUUAUGGAAACAUAGGUCGGAGUUCAUAAACGUUACGUACGAUUAGGGUGACCGGCUGAACAAGUCAUAAAUCCUAAGGCACGUGUCCAAUUUUGGUCAUGUUGCAAGCUAGAGAGAUGUACAAUCAUUUCGUCUAUGGGGUUCUCUGAUCCUUAUCACGUACUUUUAAUUGCUGGAAUCAAUUGAAAUAAAAAUCAAGAUUAAAGAACAGUUUAGUAAUAUUUUGUUCCGUAUUUUAUACAGCGUAAUAAUGCAUUAAAAUUAACACAUUAUAUAAUUUUAAAUUUCGCUCUCAGUAUCUUUAGUGUAACACUAGCUAAUUUACAGAUAUUUGUACAAAAGAACGAGCGGAAAAUAAUUAUUCUACGAGAAUUUAUUUUUAAUUAAAAAUAUCUGAAAUUAACGCGAUUUUUAAAAACGUAUUUUCUAAAACGAUACAUAAUGUUAAACGACGAUAAAGUAUCGUUUUAAUAACCGUGACGCUGACGCAUAAUUGUUUUUUAUCGUUCGUGCCUUCCGGUCUCGGGCCACCGCGCGACGUACAGUCAUAUGUAUUUCUGUUCUGGAAUGAAGCAAUAUUCGCACUGAUAACGAUAACAAUAACUUAGGGGAGGAAGAUCGAGAUACGUGAAGGAAAAAAAAAAAGCGCGAGCUCUCGUCCUUCUCGAGGAACGACCAUUAUCGGGCUUAAUUAAAACGAUGCUACCGCAAAUCGCGAUCGAGCAUCCCGAGAGUUGCCUUCAAGUGCCUUCUUCCCUUUCGACCAAUUAGGUACCACGAGCUCUCCAGACGGAGGGCGUAAGGGCAAAGUAUUAAGCGCCAUCGUACACGCGAUCAAUGGUUUUCUUUGAGAGAUAAUUCAUCUGGAUGAUUUAACUUUGUAUGUGCGUGCUUUUGUAUUUGGCGGCUUUACUUAUUUUUUGCUUUUUGGGUUUUUGUACUUCCGUGUGAUUUUUUCAAUGUUAAAAUCAAGAUUUUCUAAAACAUAUCAAUGAAAAAUUGAGAUUAAAAAUAAUUAUCCUAAGAAAGAAGCUACAAUUAAUCCAUUUAAAUAUUUUGAUAAAUUAAAUUGUGGAAAUAUUUUUUGUUUUUACUUAUGAAAACUAUAUAGACAGUUGAUUAGAUAGAAUAUUGUGGGAAUUUGUUAACUGAUAAUGAAUUAUUAUUGUCUAUUAUUUAUUAUUAAUGCGUGAGUUUUCUUUCGGCAAUAAAAAUUAUUGUUGGUCUAUUCUAUUUAAUUUACUUUCAUAUCAAACGAUAAGACUUUGCAACGCAUAGGCAGCGCAUAAAUAGAUUGCGCAACAAAGUUAAUGGCAUGUUGACGCGGUGAUAGCGAAAGAUGCUUUGCGUUCAUUGCGUGAAAGCUGACGAUAAUACUUUCCAUGGGAAAAUUCGCCGAUGCGUUAAGUCUAUGCGACAAUUAACGGGAUUAGCGGGGAGUCAAAGAGAUCUUUGCGCUUCAGGGAACGAUCGGAGGGCUGAAGCUACCCGGUAACGUUUUAUUAGCUAUAUAAAAGACCAGGUUCUAUCCCCGCUUGAAUGACUGGGAGAUUAACCCGUUGAUCUUUUCAGUCGACAGCUUUUUCCGUCAAAAAUCCUCAUAACGCUCAUCUGUUUCCGUGACUGGUAAUCCUUCCAGAUAAAAUAAAUAUUAGUAAAUAUAAUAUUUUUUCAAUCUGGUUUUAAUUUUUAAAAAUUGAUAACACAGUAUAUAAAAAAGCGAAUAUAUUCCUUUUUAUAAUAAAUACAUUUAUUAAUUCAAAGGGAUUGUUAAUUCUCUAUAUUUCGAAAUUCAGAAUAGACAGCUCGAUUAAAGCGAGGUUUUUAAAUUUAUCUAAACAUUACAUUUCGCGUAAAUUAACAAUCGAUAAAUUACACUCUAGGAUUUCUUUGAAAUAAAAAUCAUACUCUGUUCGUUAAUUAUAUAGUCGACCGCACUGUAAUGCGAAAGCGAUAGAUUUCUUAAUAUAGAAAGAACUGGCCACGGUUAGUAGGUGAAUCACGCAGGUUACAUCGCUCUCGUUGACUUGUCGGUUUCCCUUCGCCGCUUGUUAGUCGAUGAAGUGUUGAAAGAACGCCGGAAUGUGGUGCGCAAACAUUGUGACUCCCAUGCGAGUCGAACGAUGCAAUAGAGUCAUUCACAAAAAAAUUAAAAAUUAUGUAUGUUUUUUUUUUAUUAAGUGUAAGUAAUAUCAAUGUCGAUUACACUUUAAAAAGUAAUAUUUCAUACGUAUUUAUCAAUCAGUAAUUAAUUAAAAGUCAUUAAAAAUUCGAAAAAUGUCACGUGCCUUCAAACGUGAUAUGAUUGGUCGAAGAUAAUGUGACGUCACGAUAUAUGACAUAAGUCACAUUGUUUUAGGUGGCUGCAUGCAAACACGUUAUGUAACUAAUUAUUUUUAUUACAUACAUUGUUUCUUUAAUUGGCAUUUCGAUGAAGCGAUCUGAGGGCUUCGUGCAAGCAAAAUCGGACAAUUUACCAAAAAUGACAGUGGUAAUGUUGUCCGAUUUUUUUACUCAAAGUGAGUGUUUCAACAUCGCAGAGACUACAGGUGUUAAAGCUGAAAGAUCUAAACGUGAAGAAUAUGGAGAUAAUGCCAUUGGAUAUGUUGAGCUGAAACGAGAAGGCUCAAUAUGCACUGUUCGAGGAAAAAUAUGUCCAGAGCAUAAAAUUCGAAGUAAACCUUAUACAGUUUUUCUUAAGAUAGAUGAAGAGACUGAAGAAAUUAAAGAAGCUGUUUGUCAUGAUUGUGCCGCUUCUGCGGGUGGUUGUAAGCAUGCUAUUGCUUUUAUGAUGUGGGUUCAUAGGAGAAGUGAAGAACCAGAACCAACAGCAACAAUAUGCUAUUGGAAAAAAUCUAGAUUAGCUCAAGUAGGAAUUAAUAUAAAGUGUAUUACAACAACAAAAAUGAAAAAGCCACAAAUGAAAUAUAAUUUUGAAAACGCUGAUAAUUUUUUUGAUAAAAUCUUGCAUGAAAUGCAGAUUUUGCAGUUCACUAGUCAGAUAUCUAGACAUUUAAUUUCUUUAGAAAUAUGUAAUAAUUUAUCACUGCAUCAGUUAUUAAUACAAUUUGCUAAAACUCAAGGAACAAGUGCAGAUGACUUUUUGGCCUUUUCUAAACAAUUAAUGUCUAUCAAACAGUGUAUUGAAGUAGCUCAAGAAACAAAAUUACAAUCUAAAUCUAAACUAUGGAUGGAAAUGAGAUACGGUCGUAUUACAGCAUCCAGAAUUUAUGAAGUUGCUCAUUGUAAAACUGAACGAGGCACAUUAGUUGAACAAAUAAUUGGAGCAGCUAAAAUUAUAGAGACUGAAGCAAUGAAAAGAGGAAAAGAUUUAGAGAAAAAGGUGCCUCUCCUGAUGGCAUUGGUCCUGAUUUUGUCGUAGAAAUAAAAUGUCCUACAACAUCAAAAGCCGAAUUGAAAUAUAUUACAGCAGAACAGAAAAUAUGUAAUAGAUAUUUGGCUCAAAUACAACUUCAAAUGUUUAUGUCCAAAAUGAAGAAAGGAUAUUUUUGUAUGGCUAGACAUAAUUUCG